UGGGUGGGGUGACAAGUGCAUGUGGUCCGUGCGUCAGCUUUGUUAGAAAAUCGCUGGCAGGCCCAGCUGUGAGUGGACCAGUCCCUUCCGGCUGGAGACUUCAAGAUCGUUGGACAAUUAUAAAAGUCUACGGGUCUGUCAAACUUCCUGAAAGGACAAAACGCUAGGAAAGUUUGAACACCUGGUUAGGUACGCAAAAGGAUAUUGAUUUCGCGGCAUAACAAUCGCUAGGUUCAGGUCAGCUACAGCAAUGAGAUUUCAAGAGCUGAAGGGUUGAGAAUGCACUAUUAUUAUUAUUUUCCAGUAAGAUUUGCAAAUCCCUUUCUCUACAGGUUACAAUAAAAGCAGAACUUAGGCUUCUCAGCGUGGGCAUGCAGGAGUCAGUCGGGUGCCGACAGAUCUUCAGGACAUUGAAUGCCACCACCGUUGCCACGUCAGAAUGAGCAAACGCCGCGGCUGCCUACCAUCGUUCCUCCCCGAGCCAUGGGCUGCUCCUUCCUCUUCCAUAACAACGAGUGACUGCUAGCUAGCUUUUUCUCGCACACCAUGGAAUAGUGAAGGGUGAAAGUAAGGCAUCCUUCUGAGAGACUGAAGAUACCGAGAAGAAGAAAAGAAAAGCCCUGCCUUUCAUCACCUACCACAUCAAGACAUCCAGUCAGUCGGCGAAAUUCUCGGCCAUCAGGCCUCGCCCAAAUAGAACCACCAAGCACAACCAUCCGCCCACCAUGAUCAUCAACGUAACCUCGAUUUACAAACUGAAAGUCCGGCCCUCACCUCGUGCGGCCCUCCUUCCUGCUCCAGAUGUCCAAACUCCGGACCGCGACAUGGCCUCGUUCGACCGGUACUUGAGCACGCUUCCCCACGAAUUCCAGGAGCUCGCGGCGCACCUCAACCGUACCUCGGCCGAUCUCCGCGAGGCCAGGACCGAAAUCUGCGGCCUCUGGGCCCAGCUGUUCGUCUUCAACGUCAUGAUGGCCUGGCACGCCCAGCUCGCCGUCGGCCUCGGCACCGACGCCCACCGCCUCAUAGAGCGGCAGCGGCAGUCCCUCUUCGGGGAGCGCAUCCGGCACCUCGGCAUGAUCCAGGAGAGGCAGCAGCGCCUGCAGGCCAUGCACGGCCUGACGGUCGCCCGGUUCCACACGCUUCUGCAGCGGUGGGAGGACGAGAAGUCCAAGAUGGGAGCGCUGCGGAAGUCGCCCUAGACUGUCUCACCAAUCACCCCAUGCCGGGCGCCGCGGGUGUCUUUCGGCACUACCGGGAGAGGACUGGGAGAGGACUGGGAGAGGACUGGGAGAGGGCGGGGAGAGAGAAAAGAGAGAACUAAACCGCAGAAACAACCGAGUCCACCGAGGUUCAUGGGUCUGAGUAGGCAUGCAUGCAUGUAUUGAGCUUGGGCUUGGGAGGAACACGAACCUAAAUCAGGAGAUCCAUCGAGGGGGUUGGAACGGAAGGUCUUCACAGUCUAUUCUAGCAUGGGGAAGUGUCUAGGUAGUUGUGUCUUGUAAGCCUCCAACCCCAGACCAGAAUGGCCGGGGCGAUAGCCCGUCAUUCGUUUCCAAGCUGCCUUCUGCACCUCUACCAGUGCCGCUUCUGGGCCAAGAUAACGAACAGUGCCAUGAGGAUGAUUUUGAC